ACACACACAUUCCUAUCUUCAUGGUCAUCUCUAAUCCUGUAUCUUUGCAACACCACAGUGGGGAGAGAUAGUGCCCUCAGGGAGCAGCAGAAGGCAGGAAAGGCAGUACUUGUUUUACUCAUUGAGCAUUCAAGAGCCACCACUUUACCCUCUCUUUUUUUUUUUUGUUCUUUUUUUUUUUUUUUGUGGAGUAUUGGAUAUGUUUUUGGAAUCCUCACCUGGCUCUUCUUUGCAGCACACAACUCCCAAAAAGACUGAGAAACUGAGAAAUGGAGAGAGAGAGAGAGAGAGAGAGAGAGAGAGAGAGAGAGGAAAAAGGAUCAUUUGUGGAGUGAGAGACCAUCAGUCUUCACAUGACACUAUACAGUAGGGUACUAAAGCUGAAGCUUUAAAACUCUGUUUGGACUUAUUUCAAGGAAGGGGGACCACCCCUAUCAGGCUAUCUGACUUCUCCUCAGCCAUCCUUGUUGCAUCUUCUUCUCCUUCUCCUAUGUAUGUUUGAGAUCUGGAAGAACAUGCCAAGGAAUCAUCUUCAAGAAUUAUAAGGCAACAUCCGGUCACCAACAUGGAUGAUCGGCCAACCUAUUUUGAGGACUUCCAUUCCUGUGCUUUUCACUUGGACAGAAGAAACCAAGAUGAUUUCCUUCAAUUAAGCAGCAUGCAGGAUCAGCUCCACUCACCAGAAAUGCAGUUCUUCGGACCAACCGAUCCAGUUCAGGUUCGAGUAACCGAAGAUUCUGCGAUCGCCAAGAGGCAUUCGGUGCAUCCUCAAGGUGAGAAAGAGGAUGAUCUGCAUGACUUCAUAUAUGGUUGGACUCAUGGCCUGUCAUUAACUCUUGGUUCACGCUUAUCAUCCAAUGCUGAUGGUGCUUACGACUGCGAACCAGCAAAAGAACAUGAGAUUGGAAGACGAGAUUUAAAGGAGCUCAAUUGGCCAAGAGAAAGCUGUGGUACUCCUCAAAACCUGGCAUCCAUGGCCUCUGUACUCCAGCAUUCUCGGUAUCUGAAGCCUGCUCAGGAGCUGCUUGAUGAGAUUGUGUCUGUAAGAAGUGCAGCCGAGCUGAGUUCUGAUGAAGAAUUCAGAAGGAUUAGGUCAGCUCGAAUGACUAACAGAGCUGGUAGAAAGUCUCUGCAGGUGGAAGAAAUCAUCAACUGUGAAGGAAAUUUGCAAGAAGCUAACAACUACUCAUCUGAGGAGGAUAAGCAGCAUGAUGUUGAAGUUAGAGUUGUGAAGCUUGUUGCCCUGUUGGAUGAGCUUGAGAGCCGAUACCAGCAGUACUUCCAUCGAAUGGACCGAGUGAUAUCACUGUUUGAGGCUGUUGCAGGCAGAGGAGUUGCCGCAACUUACACUGCUCUCACAAUUCAAGCCAUGUCCCGCCACUUCUCUAAGCUCAGGGAUGCCAUCCUCACUCAAAUCCAUGUCUCAAGAGAGCCUCUUCCUCACCGAGAAGAGUUGCAAAGCCUCCACCGGAAUCCUCCGCAACGGCGGCCGGCUGACGAAACCAUGCGGCAGAAAAGAGAAGCUCUGCAGAAGCUGGCCAUCAUCCAAGCUCAGCAAGCUUGGAGGCCGCUCAGGGGAUUGCCCGAAGACUCUGUGGCCGUCCUCCGGACUUGGCUGUUCGAAAACUUCCUUCAUCCAUAUCCUGAUGACACUGAGAAACUCAUGCUGGCUUCCAAGACAGGCUUGACAAGAAACCAAAUUUCCAACUGGUUCAUAAACGCACGAGUUCGGAUAUGGAAGCCGAUGAUAGAGGAGAUGUACAGGGAGGAGUUUGCAGAGGACACUGGAAACCUAACCUCGUGCAUGCUCUCGUUGCGUGUCCAGCUCUUUUGUUCUUGUGAGGGAGACCAGCAGUAGUGGUAAGUUUAUGCAGAGGGAGAUGCAUCAUUUUAUAUGAUCAAUCUACAUGUCCUUGAAUUGUAUAUAUACACCCAUACCUGACUAUGAUUGAUAGGUGCAUCAAACAGAAGUUGCAUCAGUAUGCUCUUUUUUGAUUCGUAUCAAGUAUAGUCUGCAUAGGGCAUCAGGUCCUGGAGAAAAGAAAAGAACUGGAAUCAGAACAAAGGAGAAUAUGUUCAAGCCAUGCUUUUUUUGUUUCUGUUCUUUGAACAACAGCAGCCUGUGUGCAGUGGUGUUACUGUUCAUCACCCUGCCAGCAACAUCAUGUGAUUUUGGCCUUCCCUCUGCUAUGUAACUUUGCCAGUGCUCUGUAGUAUGGAAAGGGCUGCUUUAAUGCCCCAGAGUUGAAGCAACCUGCUGUAUGUGAAAUAUGAACAUUUCUGAUUUUUGACAGAGUAAUUGCUGAAUCUGCCA